CAACAAUAAAAAAGCAAAAAGCAGGCUGGUAAUUCAAGUAAACAAAAAAAUAUCGGCAUGGCUCUCAAAAUGAAAAAUAAUUUCAUACAAUUUUUGCUGGGCAUCAAUUUGGGUUUGUUUCUGACUAGUGACAACAACACAGUAUCUGCGGUUAGAGUAAGCUGUUCAUCUGACUGGGACUGUUCGUUGGCUAGUGUCUUCGAUAGCUCAGUGGGAGACGAGUGCUGCGAUGGAAUAUGCAAAGACGGCUGCUUCGAGGACGUUUUCCUCUUCAUCCUGUUUUUCGUCAUCUUACCGAGCCUCGGAUGUUAUCUUUGCCUAGUAAUCUUCGUGUUGGUUGUCUACUGCGUGAUCAAAAGUAACUCAGCUUCCAGCAAUGGCGUGGUCCUUCACUACAAUGCUGCUGGCGCAGCUGGCGGCACUGCUGCUUACCCGGUGUAUGCUCAAUCUCCACCCGCAUACCCAGCUGCUCAACCGGGCUAUGGGGCCCCUCAGGACUAUCAGCCCCAACAACAACAUCAGCAACAACAACAACAACAACAACAACAACAACAACAACAACAACAACAACAACAACAACAACAACAACAACAACAACAACAACAACAACAACAACAACAACAACAACAACAACAACAACAACAACAACAACAGCAACAACAACAACAACAACAACAACAACAACAACAACAACAACAACAACAUCAUCAGCAACAACAAUUAGAACCAGAACAGAACGAAGCGCCUCCUCCCAAUGCAAAAGGAAUUGGCCCCCAGGCGAAUUAUGGGUUCAUUGCCAACUAAAACAGAGUUGGCAAUAACUGAUACAUGGUGAAAAUAAAAGAAUGCUGAUGAAUUGAUUUUUUAAAUUGUGCUUAAAUGUCAAAGAAUAUAGGAUUAAAA